AUGUCCCGAGAUGACCGCCGUCAACAUAGUACUCGACGACCUCGCCCAUUGCCGAGUAAGACUUCUAAUGGACGAAUUAAAUUCGCGGUCUCUUGUUCUUCCAAUAUGAACCGAUCUAUGGAAGCUCACGAUCUUCUGAAACACAGUGGAUUUAAUAUUGAGUCAUAUGGGUCGGGGAAUUAUGUAAAACUGCCGGGGCCAUCUGUCGACAAACCCAAUAUUUACGAAUUUGAUUCCAUCCCAUAUCAGGCAAUUAGGGAAGAUCUCAUCAAGAAAGAUCGAGCCUUGUAAGAUCGACAUUUAAACUUGUAGUGGUUAAUUUUAAAGUGAUUACAAUUUUGAUUUCAUGUCAGAUAUACCCAUAACGGAUUACUCCAAAUGCUGAAAAGAAAUAUGAGAGUAAAAGAAAGACCUCAGAAGUUCCAGCAUUGCAAAGAGGAAUUCGAAGUUAUAUUGUGUUUGGAAGAACGUGUUUAUGAUCAGGUAUAUUUUAAUACUGUUCAUUUAAUAGAAUCCUUGCAGAUUAUCGACUUUUUCCACUCUCGAAUCCCAUCAUCUGGAAAUUUGGUGCAUGUUUUGAAUAUCGACAUCAGGGAUACUCAGGAAGAAGCGUCCAUUGGCGCUUACUUUGUCCGACUUUUGUGUCAGAAGGUAAGUUAAUUCUAUAUUUUAUGACUAUUGUUUGUUGCAAUUAUAACUGUUUCUACUUCAGCUUGAAUCCCUGGAAGAUCUCGAUAAUCAGAUAGACGAUGUUCUCUUGAAUCUGGACGCCGAACACUCCAAUCGGAAUAUAUUACACUCAAUCCACUUCUAUUAG